GGCUGGUCUGUGAGAGGUUGUAGACAGCGGAGCAGCGAGGAGCGGUGCGAUAGCAGACAGCCGGCCAAUGCGGUUGCAAGACCUGCCUGACGCGCUGUUCGAGCACAUCCUGUCCUUUCUACCUCGCGGAGUGACUGCCUACGCUGCUUGCGCCGUGGACUGCCGCUGGGCGCGCACUUGCGACGACGCCUUGCGCUUGUUGUGCGAGAAGCACGCGUGGAAGCAGCCGCGCAGCCGCCGCCUCGCCGCCGCCUCGGCCACCGGCGGCGGAGAUGCGCUGCGCUGGCGCGCGCUCUACGUCUCCCGCGCGUGCCCUGCAUGCCUCGACGCGCCUGGCGACUUUGCGGCACGGCGUUCAAAGCACGAGGCGCCGCUCUACCUCCUCUGCGGCGCGUGCUGCAGGCGCGAGUCAGUCAUCGAUAAAAUGCGGGCGGCGGGCGCCACGCUCGACGUGACGGGUGUGUCUGGCAAACCGCUCUACACGCAGCGGGGCGACCGAUUUGUGUCGGAGGUGGCUGCCGCCGCCCGGAGAGCAGGCCUGGGGUGAAGGAGCGCUGCCUCUGCUCGGCACGUGUGUGUGCAAAGUGUUUUGUGUGUGAGGCGCGGUCAGACGGGCGUGGCAGCUUGUGUACAAGGUCUGUAGUACACGCCGU